CCCGCCCGCCGCUCCCGGGGACUCAGACCCUGCCCGGGGAGCAGGGCAGAACGGGCAUGGCCCGUCUGAGGGUCGCCUUCCUGGCGCUGGCUCUGGCACUUGUGGUGGUUGCUUUGGCUGGGGUCAGAGCCCAGGGCGCAGUCUUCGAAGAGCCCGACUAUUACGGCCAGGAGCUCUGGAGGCGCGGGCGCUACUCUGAGCAUCCAGAGCCAGAGCCGGAGCUCUUCUCGCCUCCAGGGCACGAGGACCUCGGAGUGGAGGAACAGGAAAAGCAGGAGCUGCACCAGCAGGAGCCCAGGCCGCCCCAAAGGGCUACCAAGCCCAAGAAGGCUCCCAAGAAGGAGAAGUUGGUUGCAGAGACGCCUCCACCAGGCAAAAAUAACAGCAGAAAAGGCAGAAGAAGCAAGAGUCUUGAGAAAGCUGCCAGUGAUGAUCAUGGUGUCCCUGUGGUUCAUGAGGAUGUCAGAGAGAGUUGCCCACCUCUUGGCUUGGAAACCUUAAAAAUCACAGACUUCCAGCUGCAUGCCUCCACAACAAAGCGCUAUGGCCUGGGAGCGCAUCGUGGGAGACUCAACAUCCAGGCAGGCAUUAAUGAAAACGACUUUUAUGAUGGAGCUUGGUGUGCUGGCAGGAACGACCUGCAUCAGUGGAUUGAAGUGGACGCACGGCGACUGACCAGGUUCACAGGGGUCAUUACGCAAGGAAGGAACUCUCUCUGGCUGAGUGACUGGGUGACAUCCUACAAAGUCAUGGUGAGCAAUGACAGCCACACAUGGGUUACUGUGAAGAAUGGAUCUGGGGACAGGAUAUUUGAAGGAAACAGUGAGAAGGAGAUUCCCGUGCUUAAUGAGCUGCCGGUCCCUAUGGUGGCCCGGUACAUUCGCAUCAACCCGCAGUCCUGGUUUGAUAAUGGGAACAUCUGCAUGAGGAUGGAGAUCUUAGGCUGCCCGUUGCCAGAUCCUAAUAACUAUUAUCACCGACGCAAUGAGAUGACCACCACUGAUGACCUGGAUUUUAAGCACCACAACUACAAGGAAAUGCGCCAGUUGAUGAAGGUUGUGAAUGAAAUGUGCCCCAACAUCACUAGAAUUUACAACAUUGGCAAAAGCCAUCAGGGCCUGAAGUUGUAUGCUGUAGAGAUCUCUGACCAUCCCGGGGAACAUGAAGUCGGUGAGCCUGAGUUCCACUACAUCGCGGGGGCCCAUGGCAACGAGGUCCUGGGCCGAGAGCUGCUGCUGCUGCUGCUACAGUUCCUCUGCCAGGAGUACUUGGCGCAGAACACGCGCAUCGUCCGCUUGGUGGAGGAGACACGGAUCCACAUCCUCCCCUCCCUCAAUCCUGAUGGCUAUGAGAAGGCCUACGAAGGAGGUUCCGAGCUGGGAGGCUGGUCCCUGGGACGCUGGACCCACGAUGGGAUUGACAUCAACAACAACUUUCCAGAUUUAAACUCGCUGCUCUGGGAGGCAGAGGACCGGCAGAACGUCCCCAGAAAAGUUCCCAACCACUACAUUCCCAUCCCUGAGUGGUUUCUGUCUGAAAACGCCACUGUGGCCACGGAGACCAGAGCUGUCAUCGCCUGGAUGGAGAAGAUCCCCUUCGUGCUGGGAGGCAACCUACAGGGGGGUGAGCUGGUGGUGGCGUACCCCUAUGACAUGGUGCGGUCCCUGUGGAAGACUCAAGAGCACACCCCAACACCCGACGAUCACGUGUUCCGCUGGCUGGCGUAUUCCUAUGCCUCCACUCACCGCCUCAUGACGGAUGCCAGGAGGCGAGUGUGCCAUACAGAAGACUUUCAGAAGGAGGAGGGCACUGUCAAUGGGGCUUCCUGGCACACGGUGGCCGGAAGUCUGAACGAUUUCAGCUACCUCCACACAAACUGUUUUGAGCUGUCCAUCUACGUGGGCUGUGAUAAGUACCCGCACGAGAGUGAGCUGCCCGAGGAAUGGGAGAAUAAUCGGGAGUCUCUGAUUGUGUUCAUGGAACAGGUUCAUCGAGGCAUCAAAGGCCUAGUGAGAGAUUUACAUGGAAAGGGUAUUCCGAGUGCCAUCAUCUCCGUGGAGGGUGUUGACCAUGACAUCCGGACAGCUAGUGAUGGGGAUUACUGGCGCCUACUGAACCCUGGUGAGUAUGUGGUCACAGCCAAGGCAGAAGGCUUUAUCACCUCCACCAAGAACUGCAUGGUUGGCUACGACAUGGGCGCUACUCGAUGUGACUUCACGCUCAGCAAGACCAACAUGGCUAGGAUAAGAGAAAUCAUGGAGACAUUUGGGAAGCAGCCUGUCAACCUACCAGCCAGGCGUCUGAAGCUGCGGGGACGGAAAAGGCGGCAGCGUGGGUGACCCUCUCUGGGACACUUGAGACAUACCCCAGACUGCAAAUGAAAUCCACUCCAGUAGUAAUUUUGUAGCAGGCCCUCACUGUUAUUUUGUCUGUAAUUCAAGAGACACCCAGGAACAUGCCUGUAUGACUUGGCUGGUCCCAAAGUGGGGGAGGGCUGGCGGCUAAGGAUGUUUUCUUUCCUUUGUUCUCAUUUAUACAAAUACCUUGGACAGAGCAGCAGAGAAAGGCUGGUGGCAGUGAGGGAAUUCAGUGAGUCAGUCUGGGAAUCUGGAAAAGGUGCUUGCCCACUGGCUGUCCAGGGAGGGAAAUCGGGGCUUCCCCUGUUUGCGUGACAUUCAAGUUCGCCAGUGCAUUCACAAAUUCACAGUUGACAUUGCAGCACCCAGGGAACCCUUUGUCCUGGAUGUUAUCAUUUGAGAUGCUCUCAUGCAGCCUAAGAAAAAUCUAUCCCCUCUGGCCCCAGGGGACAAUCCAAACUGCUAUAUACACAUUCUGCUUUCUAUUGACAAUAGAGGCAUUUAUUUCCAAGUGAGCAUCACUGAGUCCUGAGUCAGCUCUGUUCCCUUUUCCAACAAAGCAUGUCUUCCUGAGAGUGGAUAGAAGUGGAGAGCAUCCAAGGGUGAUUGCUGAGCAGCAGACCUUGAGGGUAUUGGUGCAUGUAAACUAGGUCCCCAGAGAGUUCCUAAACCCUUUGCUACUCUUAUUAGUCCUGUGGUGGAGAGAGCCAGGCAUGCUAAGGCAUCCAGAGCAGUCAGCCUUGGGCAUCACAGGAAAGAGCUUGAAGGAGGCAAACCCAGAGUUUCUCUGUGCUCUGGGAUGAGGGCUCCAGGUUGUCCCUACCAGGAGGGGAGUUAUGAGGAACAUAUAGAAGGCCACAUCUUUCCAAUCAAACAUCAUGUGAUAAAAAAAAAAGAGAGCAAUCUUAGAAUUACCUGGGGCAUGUCAGUUUGGGAGAGGUUGCUGAAGCACUGUGUGAGGGAACAGUGUGUCUUGUCUCUGUUCAUCCUGCUGCCUCCUUGACCUGGGGAGAAUGAAAAAUAAA